CGCUCCUCCUCACUUCCCCGCGCGGAGGCGACCGACUUCGGCCAGUCUGUGCGAGUCUCUCCGAGCGUCUGGAGCGUCUGGAGCCCAGCGCGACGCGGCUGUCGGCGGGCACAGAGACGGCAUGAAGGCGGUCGCCUGCUGGCUCGGACUCUCUGGAUUCAGCGGACCGCCGGAACCGCCGCCGGUCGACGGUUUUGAUUUUUAAAGUGGUUCUACUUGGACUUCUGGAGGAUUUCCUCAAAAAAAACAAAAAAACAAAAAAACAAAAAAAAGAGAGAAAAAGCGACUUUUGGGGUGACAUUUUGAGCGUGGAAUUACCCCGUCCACUUUGCUGCCUGCGCGGAUAUCCAUUGGGUGGUCUCCGGGAACGCCAUGCUAGCUCCGGGCGCCGCCUGAGUUGGCGUCGGGCCUCACUUCCGUUCGCCUCGCCGGGAUGACGGCGGCGGCGUGGCGUGCGCUGUGGCUCGCGUGCGUCCUGCUGCCCGGAUGCGCGGCGGCGGCCAGGCUGCCCGCCGCCGAGCCCGCAGACGCUGCGUCCAGCGAGCCGACCUUCCUGGAGGACUUUGUCCUGGGGGCGGGCGACACCCUGGAAAUGGCAUGCGACCCCGAGGACGACUCGGCCCGGCCCGCGCUUUGGUACAAGGACGGCGUGGUGCUGUCGCCUAGCAACCGGACGCGGCCGGGCCAGAGGUCGCUGCGCAUCGUCAACGUGUCGUACGAGGACUCGGGCGUGUACGCCUGUCGACUCGCCCGCAAUAACAAGGUGCUCAGCAACUACACCAUCAGGGUGACAGAUUCUCUGUCGUCUGGUGAUGAUGAAGAUUACGAUGAAGAUCCAGAAGAUGCAGGUAAUGGCAAUGAAGCGCCGUACUGGAUCAAGCCGGACCGGAUGGACAAGAAGCUCCUGGCCGUGCCGGCCGCCAACACGGUCAAGUUCCGCUGCGCCGCGUCGGGCAACCCCACGCCCGCCAUCCGCUGGCUCAAGAACGGCAAAGAGUUCAAAGGGGAGCAGCGCAUGGGCGGCAUCAAGCUGCGGCACCAGCAGUGGAGUUUGGUGAUGGAAAGCGCCGUGCCGUCGGAUCGCGGCAACUACACGUGCGUGGUGCACAACAAGUACGGCACCAUCACGCACACCUACCAGCUGGAUGUGCUCGAACGCUCCCCGCACAGGCCCAUCCUUCAGGCGGGCCUGCCGGCCAAUCAGUCGGUGGUGGUGGGCAGCAACGUGGAGUUCCACUGCAAAGUGUACAGCGACGCCCAGCCGCACAUCCAGUGGCUCAAACACAUCGAGGUUAACGGCAGCCGCUUCGACGCCGACGGCGGACCCUACGUCAAAAUCCUCAAGACGGCCGGUAUUAACACCACCGACAACGAGCUGGAGGUGCUCUUGGUGUCCAACGUGUCUUUGGAGGACGCGGGCGAGUACACUUGCCUGGCGGGGAACUCUAUCGGCUACGCUCACCACUCUGCUUGGCUCACGGUGCUUCCAGCGAGUCCGGAGAAGGAGGACUACUACGCCGACAUCCUGAUCUACAUGACGGGCUGCGUGCUGUUCAUCUUGGCCGUGGUCAUCGCCGUGCUGUGUCGCAUGCGCAUGAUCGCGCAGAAGACGCUGCCCGAGCCGCCCGUGCAGAAACUCUCCAAGUUCCCGCUCAAGAGACAGCAGGUGUCCUUGGAUUCCAACUCGUCCAUGAACUCCAACACGCCGCUGGUGAGGAUCGCUCGCCUGUCGUCCAGCGACGGGCCCGCGCUGGCCAACGUCUCCGAGCUGGAGCUGCCCUCCGACCCCAAGUGGGAGUUUUCCAGAGCGCGGCUGACGUUGGGGAAGCCUCUGGGCGAGGGCUGCUUCGGUCAGGUGGUGAUGGCCGAGGCCAUCGGCGUCGACAAGGAGAAACCCAACAAGCCGCUAACGGUCGCUGUGAAAAUGCUGAAAGAUGACGCGACAGAUAAAGAUUUGUCCGACCUGGUGUCCGAGAUGGAGAUGAUGAAGAUGAUCGGAAAACACAAAAACAUCAUCAACCUGCUGGGAGCCUGCACGCAAGAUGGUCCGCUCUACGUUCUGGUGGAGUACGCCUCCAAAGGCAACCUAAGGGAGUACCUGAGGGCACGUCGGCCGCCGGGCAUGGACUACUCCUUUGAUACCUGCAAAAUCCCAGACGAGCAGCUGACCUUCAAAGACUUGGUGUCCUGCGCCUACCAGGUGGCCAGAGGCAUGGAGUACCUCGCCUCGCAGAAGUGCAUCCACCGAGACCUGGCGGCCAGGAACGUCCUGGUGACGGACGACAACGUCAUGAAGAUCGCCGACUUCGGGCUGGCCAGAGAUGUGCACAAUAUAGACUACUACAAAAAGACCACCAAUGGCCGCCUGCCCGUCAAGUGGAUGGCGCCGGAGGCUCUCUUCGACCGGGUCUACACUCACCAGAGCGACGUGUGGUCUUACGGCGUGUUACUGUGGGAGAUCUUCACGCUGGGGGGUUCGCCAUACCCGGGCAUCCCCGUGGAGGAACUCUUCAAGCUGCUCAAGGAGGGACACCGCAUGGACAAACCCGCCAACUGCACCCACGAGCUGUACAUGAUCAUGCGCGAGUGCUGGCACGCCGUGCCGUCGCAGAGGCCAACGUUCCGGCAGCUGGUGGAAGAUCACGACCGCGUUUUGUCCAUGACGUCCACCGAUGAGUACCUGGACCUGUCGGUUCCGCUGGAGCAGUACUCGCCCGCCUGCCAGGACUCCGGCAGCACCUGCUCUUCGGGCGACGAUUCGGUGUUCGCCCCCGACCCCGCGGCCGACGAGUCCUGUCUCCCCGAACGCCCCGCCGCCGCCGCCGCCCGGACCUAACCCUCAGCCGAGGCGGGGAUACGCCGCCGGGACCCCCGAUAAUCACCUCACUGAGUCCGGGCUCGGGAAACUCUGAAGGAUUUUUUUGAUCACAAAGUUUAUUUUUGUACACGGCCAGUCUUUUGUUACGGACAAUCUGCGGAACGGGAGAAAACGGGAAAUGCGGGAGGGGGGGGGGGGGGGGGGGCGGGGCCACCGAUCUGUGCCUACCGGGACGGAAGCUCCCGGAUCGGCGAAAUCUUCCAAAGUCCUUCGCAAAAGAAUCCAUUGUAAUUACAAACAUGCAAAUGCGAGCUCUGUUCUCCUUUAACGGAACAAAAAAUGUUUUGGACGCAAGCAAUGGAGAAGACACUGUUGUCACGGAAACCUUUGAAGUUUAGGGAAUAACUAAGGUGUAUAUUUGUAAAGAUAUUUAUAGAUCAACACGCUUCGUAAAAGGUUGGCUAAAAAGGGGGCGCGCGCAAAGCUUUUUUUUUUUUUUUUUUUUUGUCUUUUCACUUUUGUAACUUAUUUUACAUCAGAUGACACUUACAAAGAAAUAUUAAGGACGCACUGGCAAGAAAAAAUAAGGGGGGGGGGAUAUGUUCAAAUCACAAGAAAAACCUUAACAGAAAAAUGUUGUUAAGUUCCAAGAAAAGGAAGGCCAAAGAUUAUGAGAAUAAAGUUGUAAUAGUACCAGAAAAAGUCGGAGUUCCCAAAAAAAAAAAAAAGAAAAGGCAGAAUGUUACAACAAAAUAUUGGUGAUAACAUAAAGUUGGGAGUAUUUUAUGUGAAAUGUGAAAAAACAAGAAACAACAAAUUACGGGGAUAAAGCUCGUGAAUUUAUGAGAAAUAAUUAAGCUAAUAUACGAACCAAGUCGUAAUAUGACCAGAAAAAAAGGCGUCGUUCCCACGAGUUAAAAAGUUUGUAAAGUUACGGGAAAAAAUGGAGUCAGAAAGCUACAAGGAAAAAAAAGUGGUUUUACAGAAAAAACAUGAAACAGGAAAAUUUUUUUUAUGUUACGUAAAUAUGAACAAAGUCGGAAAGUCACACAACAAAUGUCGGUGAUAAAUGAUGCCACAUUAUGUAAAAGAAUUUUACUAAUAUUAGAAGAAUGAAGUCGUACAAAUAACAGAAAAAAAUGUUACAAGAAAAACAAGUAAAAAAGAUGUUUUUUUAUUAUUUUUUGUACGGUUGCAGGGGGGGGGAGGAGUUGGAUAGUGACAAGAAAAAUUCAGGUUACAAAAAGAAAUUCUGUGAAAAAGAAAUUGUAAAGUUACAAGAAAACCGAAAAAAAAGAUGAAUUUUAUGUUUACGAGUGGGGGAAAAAAAACGGAACGUUAUAAGAAAACUAUCGUAUACUUAUGAGAUAAAAAAUUCUUAGCAUUACAAGAAUGCAGUCGUACAACUACCAGAAAAAGUUGUAUUUUGCUGAAAAUAAAAGUUGCAAAUUUACGAAAUAAAAUGACGAGAACAAGUGAGGAAAUUCUAUGAAAACAAAUCGUCUUAAUAUAAGAAUAAACUUAACUGUACUUUGUCUUGUAUUAUUCCGAUUUAAUUUUCCCAACUUUACGAUUUGAGGCCUUUUUCUAACAUGAAGAUUGCACCUUUUUUGUUUUUGUCUUUACGUGUGAGCGGUGGCGCCAUUUUGGGUUUCCGGCGUGUCGCUGCUGCUCCUCGGUAGCGUCGGCUUCUUCUUCUUCUCUGGCGUCUUUACCGUUUCGUCGUUGCUCGAAACCAGAAGAAGCGACGAAACUCCUGCUGAGAGGCGUUUUGAGCGGCCGACAGGCUCAACGGAAACUACGUGCCCCAUCAUGCUUUGCACCUCAAUAGUCAAGCGACUAGCCAAGUGGAAGAAAAAGCAAUAUUUGUGUGUGUGUGUGUGUGUGUGCGAACGUUGCUCUUCAGUGUUAAAACUGACAUGAAGUCAUGCUGUGCGCAGCCAAAAGUGAAAACACUAUUUUGAAAAAGUCAAAACAUCAUUUGGAUUUCUUGACAUUUUGUUGUAUUUAAUUUUUGGGUGGGGGGGGUAUGAACUGUAUAUUUGCUGGAUCCUUCGUCGUCAAAAGUGCCAAAUGAAGUCUUAAAAGUCGCUUUCACUGAGUCGCCAAAAGUCAAGCGGCAGCAAAGCAUUAUGGGAUGAAAAGUUCAAAGGAAAAAAAGAUAUAUUUUAAUAAUAAUGAUAAACGAUAAUUAUCUCGCUGCUACUGUACGUGAAAAAGAGAAAACCCUCAAGACCGUGUGAGUACUUAAUAAAUAAUUUGUCCACUUUUAGUCGUUGAUUCUGCUGGGAGACAUUUAAACACCAAAUAUUGUAAUAAUGAUUAAUAAUAUGAAAUCAACAAUUCUUCCCUUGAUCGAUUGUUUGGUUUGGAGUGUCUGGUUGGAAUGAAAAAUGGAAGGCACAAAAACAGUGAAGAAGAACAAACGUAUGUGAUGUUUUUUUUUUAUUUUUUUUUAUUUAUUCUUCCAUGCUGUGUCAAAGCUUUCCCUAUGGUGAGAGUCUUUUUAUUCAAGCUACCUGCGUUUAAUUUUGCUUUUUUUUAUUAUUAUUAUUAUUAUUCAUUUAUUCGAGAGCCUGAUGAUCUCCUCACUCAAUGCUGCCCCCUAGCUUUCAUGCUAACCUCGUCGAUGUUUUUCACGUUGUUGGCACGUUAAAAGGUUUAACGUUUAAAAAAAAGGACACAAUUCAACCUUAGAUUUAAUGGCAACACGAGCAGCUAGCAUGUUAGUGAUUAUUUUCUACCGCUAGCAAUGACAACCUCGUGGACAAAAUAUUUCCACUAUUCACAAUUUUUUUUUUCUUUUACAAAUUUGAAGUGUAAAAAAACUAAAGGUGUUUAAUAUGUAUGUAACAUGUAGACCGAGAGCGCUCACAAGUUAACGUUAAAAAUCUUUUUCUCAAACAAUAUCUGAUGAAUGCUAGCAACUAAUUAUCAGCAUUGAUUUUUUUAUUAUUUUUUUUGUAUCCAAAAUAACAAUUCAACCUUAGAUUUGACGGUAAAGCGAGCACGUAGCCUACUUAUCCCACGCUCGCGUACAAAACAGGUGAACAGGUUCUGUACGAAUUUUCGUCAUUGCCAUAAUCCGAAAUACAGAAACCAUUCUAGCGUAGGUUGGGUUGUGACGCAAGUGCUGUAUUCUACGUUACGACUUUCACGUCCCGCGUUUUAUACCGUUAGAUAUGACCUGCCAAUCUAGAUAGUAUUUUAAAAUAAUCUGCUUUGAUUUUUUUGUCUUUUCCACAAAUUUUCCCAAAGGAAUUUUAAAGCAUUAAAAAAAAAAAAAAAAAGCGCUUGCUUGCAGUAUGUGCUUCUAACACAUCAACCAAGAGCAUAUUUGGACGGAAGAAAAAUGUUGGGAAUAUUUUUACGAAUUAUCGGCAUUGCCAAAUUUGGAUUCAAAAUUCCCAAUUUGACCAUAGAUUUGGUACCGCGAACAAGAACAUUUUAAAGCAUUAAGAAACGAGCACUUGUGUUUGUAACAUGUCAACCAAAAGCACAAUUUAAUGUUGAAAAUAGAGCUAGUUAUGCAUAGCAGAAGCUAGCUGGCUAACAUUGGCAUUUAAGCGACUGUGCACUACGACAUUCAUGUCCCGUGGUUUUCGUGUACGAGAUAUUUGCCCAAAAAAUGAUAAGACCCCAGAUUUGAAAACAACAAUUUACAAAUUUUGCAAGCAAAUUUCAAGCGAGAUAAGUUCACAGCGUCAAUUCCUUUUUUUUUUUCGUCCGGAAUAAACAAUUUGACCUUCGAUGUUAGCAGCUUGCAUAUUAACGACAGCUACAUUUACGUUUUCUUUUGUAAGUGAAUGUUUUGUGUAAAAAAAAGAACGCUUGUCGAGAAGCAACUUUUCCGACGUUUACAUUUUCAAAGUGACGAUAGUGGCGACUCAUCGGCUUUUUCAGUUUUUUUUUUGGACUUUCCUAGCUGGAAUUUUUAUUGUCGUUUGUUCUUCUCACGCAGUGUUUAUCUUUGGUCAGAUUAAUUUAUAGUUUGAAACAUGCUUGCUGUUGUACAUAAGAGACAGACUUUUCUUUUUUUUUUUUUUUUUUAAGAGUUUUAUUUAGCUGUGUGAGCUAUAUUUUUUUUUGUUUGUUUGUUUUGCAUUCCACUUUAGAGCAAUUAGCAGCCAGCUUAUAUCACGUAAUUUAUUUUCAAUAACAUAGAAAAGUGGAACUAACGUUUGGACUUUUUGUUUUGUUUCAUAUGAUGAUGACGAUGAUGAUGAUGGAUGCUGUGGAACAUUCCGGCACAAGGUUGCGGUCAGUUCCCUCUCGCUGAAAUCUUGUGUGACAAAACCAUGAAGCUGUCUGUCAACAAACAGCUUGUCAAUAAACAUCCAACAUGUUGUCAUAUGAA